UCAUAGAAGAAGAAGAAGAAGAAGAAGAAGAAGUUUAGAGUAACACGCUUCGCGGACGUGAUUCGUUAGAGGAGAAGAUCAUGUGACCAAACCGAAACCAUUAUGGCGACCACCGUACAGGUAACAGCCCGUGUCUGUUUUGUGACUUUUCGUCGUCAACUUCCUUUAUCUUGCAUUGGAUUAUGGUGGAUUUUGCACAAGGAUAUACGUUAUUGAAGACGGGGCAUGAGGAGAUGGAACAUUUUGUGAUCGCAAGACGGGAAUUUAUUUAGAAGGAACAGUUUGUUAGCUAAUCAGCUAACCGAAGAGCUAGCUAGUUACUAUAGCCAGCUCAAGUUUGAAAGUAAACAUCCGCUGAUUAGUGUGUGCAUAUGUUCGCCCUUUAUCCAAAACAAACGCGGUUGCACAGCUGGUUAUUUCAAAUUGCAACUGGAAUGUGCCCGACCAACGUGUUUGGCAGGUAGUUGUGUUCGCUAGUAGAGCUAGCUUUGUUAUGCUAGUUAGCUAAACUGGCUAAUUGAACCGAAGGAGAAGUGAACGCAUCCGAGGACGAGGUAGCUAACGUUAUCUAGCUAGCUAUGUACCCUUUGCUGGCCAGACAAAGUUAAUUGAUCAAGACAGUGGACCAACUCGAGUAAGAGCUGUAUCAUGGGUCUGGUGAACCUUGUCUUUUGCACUAUUGGGAAAUGUUUCGAUUUCAUAUUCUUCCUCCUGGACCUAAAUUUCUUAAUAGUCCAUUCAGUGAUACGGUUCCUGGCGGCAUGUAUCAACUUUGUGAAUAAGCUACCCAUGAUACUGACCAACUCAAUGGUGAAGUGCUGGAACUUCACUGUGUUCUGUAUGGUUGCCAUGAUGGACAGCGUAUCACUUCUGGCCCAGGGGACAGUUAACAUGUUAGGGCGCUGGCUGCAGCUCUUGGGAGGUAUUUUGGAGAGUUUCAAAAUGGUGGGCUACUUGUCCUCACAUGUUCUCUUGCAUGUCAGGGAUCUCUUCCACCGUGGGCUGCUGUGUGGCCUCUGCUUGCUGCAGCAGGUGUGGGAGGGCUGUGGCAUUGCAGUCAGUCUGGUGCUCUACCUGGUCAACACGGUGGUCAACCUGCUGCUCAUCGGGACCCAGAACGUCUACUCUGUUGUUGUCAGCAUGUGGGAGGCGGUCUCCUACCCACUGCAGAAGGCUAUGGAGCUCACCCUCACACUCUUCACCUUCCUCUACAGCAGCCUGCUUGCCCUGGACUUCCUAGGCUUGCUCGGACACAUUUUCGUCCUACAGAGAGGGUGCUCCAUCGGCUCUGCACGCUGGGGAGGGCGUGUGGCAGAGGCUUCAGCGGCAGGCCAGCCUCCUAUACCAAACGAUAACACCAGUCUACAGGAACAUCAGAGUGAAAGAGUCACACCAGGCAACCUGAACCCAGUGACAGAGAGCAGAGGGGCUCUUCCGGACGCUCUCCUCAGAGGAGGGGGCACCAGCUCCAAGGGUCCCCCAAAGGACAGCCUACUGACUCUGCUCCAGGAGCAGGAAGAGAGGAAGAAGUGCAUAAUCUGCCAGGACAGUACUAAGACAGUGGUGCUGCUGCCUUGCCGCCACCUGUGUCUGUGUCGGGACUGUACCAACAUAUUGCUGCGCCAGCCCAUCUACCAGCAGAACUGUCCGCUCUGCCGCCAUAUGAUCCUUAAUACCAUGGAUGUGUAUCUGUGAGGGACCGAACGAGGGAGGGGCGUGUGGCCCAGAGCGCUGCAUUGUUAGCGUGUUGAAUCUCAGGUUUCGAACCGAGCAGAGACUUUAGGCUACAUCUACACUAGCAGUUCAUUGCAGCUCAGGCACACUGCUAUCCAAGUCCAGUCCACUGUGCUUGAGUUGCUUGUCGCCCAUGGCUGAUGUCUUAAAUGAUGCCUGUGUUUUGUUCAGACAACCAUGGCAGUGCUUGCCUACAUUUAUUUUUAUACUUGCUUGUUCAUAUUACUGAACACUUCACGGUCAUUCAAACUGUAUGUGGUGUGUGAACUUAAAGGAAUGCUUGCUGUGGUGUGUAGCAGUUCAUUUCCUUUAUUCAGCAUAGGUUCAGUUUGAACACAUUCAAUGGAAGUUUAAAGCGCAGGCGUCAGUACAGUACGAAAUGUUAUCGUAAGAACACAUUUUGUAGCCUAUGCUUAGAUUUAAAUGGUGACAACCUCUCAAAUGCAAUUUGUCAAGAGCCAAUAUUGUUCCAAGCAGUUCAUAUUCAGGGACCUGUAAAAAGUGUGAAAUUAUUUUCUAUUGUGGGAUCGGGGUUAAUUUCAUAACCUAUGGUUGUCUAAAAAAUAUCAGUGUCAAGAGAAAUGAUUUACCAGAUCUAUGUCUUGUCAUAUUACACAGGUUUGUUUUGUUCUAAUGAUUAUGCCAACAUUUGGAUCACUGUAGUGUAGCCAGUUCUUUCCACUAUGCUGACAUAUGAACGCUACCUAAUUUAUGCUCCACACAAGGUAUAUUCUCCUUUAUAGUUAUUGUAAUGUUUUUGUCUUGUGAUCAGACUGUUCAAAAUGACCACCUAGUCAGUAAUGGCUUCAUAAUUCCUUGUUUCUAUUUUUUUCUCUUUGCUCAAAAUAAGUAUUGAUCAAAGCUCUGUGAAAUCCAUGUUACACAAACUGCAAAUGGUUAUUGAAUUAGUUUGCAAGUGUUGGAGAAAAGCCCGUUUAAGUGACAAUAAAAGGCAUAUUUGAUAUGCCU